AUGUGGCUCCUACACACGACGACCUUCGUGUUGCGAAAAUUUGUCGGUCCUUCGUACCCGCCCUACGCCAUCCUCUCCCAUCGUUGGCAGGCCGAGGACCAGACAUACAGCUUCCAGUCCGUUCGAGCUGUUAGCGCUCAAUCCGAAACUCCUGGCCAGGGACCUGCACUCUCCUUUCCUGGGAAAGUGCGCAACUUCUGUGCUCUGGCUGCCAAUGAAUGCUACGAGUGGGCGUGGCUUGACACAUGCUGCAUCGACAAGACCAGCAGCGCCGAGCUCUCCGAAGCCACCAACUCGAUGUACGCCUGGUACGAGGCCGCGGACAUCUGCUACGUCUACCUCUUCGACGUCUGCGACGAGGACAACCCGUUCGACAAGGACUCCCAUUUCCGUAAGAGUGGAUGGCGCAAACGGGGCUGGACGCUUCAGGAGCUUCUCGCUCCGAAGAACGUCGUCUUCCUGUCGAAAUCGUGGUAUCUCCCUGGGACGCUUCCCAUCCUCGCUACGCUCCUCGCCGAGAUCACCGGAGUAGACCUCCCCAUGCUCCAUCAGAAGCUCCAUGGCUGGAGGACGAACACAGGUGUCGCGCAGCGCAUGUCAUGGGCCGCGAGACGUACCACGUCCCGACCGGAGGACCGCGCAUACUCGCUCAUGGGGAUAUUCGGGGUCUCCAUGCCCGUCAUCUAUGGCGAGGGUGGCGAGCGAGCGUUCUUGCGACUUCAAAAGGAGAUAAUCAACGUCUGUCCUGACCAGAGCAUCUUCGCGUGGGGUCCGAUAGACCCUGACUUCGACGCAGCUGUUGAGUACCUUCAGCGCGAUGACCGUGACUGGGGAGAGCACAUGUAUGCAGGUGACCACAGACUGUUGGCUACGUCUCCGGAUGUGUUCAAGUUUGCGGCAGAUUUUCGGCCGCUCGCUCUAAGUCGGUACUUCCAACUCCUUGGCCAUCGCCCUGACUACAAUUACGGAUUUGACGCCGACGGCAUAACACUUCGUCUCCCAAUCUCCUCUGACUGCCUUCGUUGUCACUCGCAGGCCGUGUAUGCGGCAGCGCUUGCUUGUACUACCGCGACUAACGAAGACAUCCUCGUAUUCCUUUUCCUUGGGCGGGAGGUAGACUCCGCUCUCCAAGAGUGGACCUUCGACUCGGUCGGGCGAUUAGUCGGACUGGACAAGUACGUAGAGCUGACGAGAAACAUGUGGGACACGGUACCGCGGAUGCGCGGCGCGAUGUUGCGACUACCUCGACCUGAAUUGGCCUAUACCUCCCUCCGAGAGUUGAGGAUCAGGCCUCCCGACACGGUCGGACCUAUCAGGACUGACCAUCUCAAACAGCUCUGCGGUGUCUACUUGUUCGAAAUACCACACUGGUUUCUCAGCCAUAUGAAGGAUCGUUAUGGAUUCGCAGUUCCGGACACUGAGCUUGCUGCCCACCUCGUGUCUGGGCGCAUCCUCUACACGCUGCCUACGAGCGCUCUCUACCCUUACCUAGACGCUCAUCGCUUCCUCUCUAUCCCGUUCAUCAACGCCGCACGCAACGAGGCCUUACUGAUAUCCUUCGGUCUGGGGUGCCUGUGCCUACCGCUGCACAAAUCAAAACUCGACACUCUCGACCACCGCGCUUGGUGGCUCGAGGCGUCCCUCGUUCCAGGCGUACCCACCGAGCUCCCCCAGCACGCACAGGUCCCCGAGACCCCCAGAAGCAGGUCGCCUACCCCAACGGAUGAGCUCGAGAAACCAUUCUUUAGGCAUUUCAACAUGCGCUUCACCGCCGUCGCCAGCAUUGUUCUCGCCGCCGGCGCCGUCGGCCUUGUCAACGCCGCGACCCUUGAACAGCGCCAGCUCGGCUCUUGCUCUACCUCCGUGCUGGGCGAUCUGAAGUUGCCCCUCUGUGGGGCUAUCUUCGGUGACUGCACCGGCGACGGGUGCGAGUGCACAGAGCUCACCACCGCGGUUGUCGACUCAGUCCCCGGCCUCAGCAGCAUUUUGAGCAUGCUGAACAUCACCGGCACACUGGAUCUUGGGGACCUUGGGCUUUGCACCAGCGGGGAUAGCGCCGCCUGA